GGGGGAGGAAAACCAAACACGACCCUUUUCUGUCUCUCCUCCUAGACUCAUUUCAUUCCAUCAACCUCACAUUAAUAAUAAUGGCCAAGUGGAAGAGGAAGAACUCCCCCAAGCAGCUGUCCUACAUCUCAGUCCCCUCACAGAUCAUCAACCCCAUUUCCUCAUCAUCUCUCCAAUCUCUGCUUGACUCUCCCAAGAAAUCUUCAAGGAACCAUAAUGCCUUCUUCUUCAUUAAUGGCUUCUUCGCCAGACACUCAAAACUACUCUGUUUUUUCACUCUCCUUUCCCUUUCCUUCCUUGGCAUUCUCAUGUUCGUCCCUUUUUCUCCCUACCCUUGUGCUAUAACUCUACCAAAUGUUUCAAUCUCCAGUAGUUAUCAUUUAAAAUCCGAACUUGGUGCUAUUUCCUCAUAUGGGCAUGCCUCAAAAUCCGAGCUUGAGGCUUUUUCCUCUGAGAAUGGAAGAGAAGAAGAAGAUGAAGCAGGGGAUUCGGAGUUUUGGAAACAACCAGAUGGAUUGGGGUAUAGGCCAUGUUUGGAUUUCAACAAAGAGUUCAAAAGAGAAAGUGAAAGGAUUGUGAAGGAAAAGAGAAAGUAUUUGAUGGUUGUGGUUGCUGGAGGACUGAAUCAACAGAGGAAUCAGAUUGUGGAUGCUGUUGUAAUUGCUAGAAUUCUUGGGGCCGCUUUGGUUGUACCUAUUUUGCAGGUCAACGUCAUUUGGGGCGACGAAAGUGAAUUUGGGGAAAUAUUUGAUUUGGAACACUUCAAGAGAGUUCUUAGGGACGAAGUGAGAGUGGUAUCAGCAUUGCCUUCAACGCACCUCAUGACAAGGCCUGUGGAGGGAAGCCCUCCUCUUCAUGUCACUCCUGCUUGGAUCCGUUCUCGGUAUCUCAAAAGGCUCAAAAGAGAAGGUGUUUUGCUCUUACGUGGCUUGGAUUCUAGGCUGUCCAAGGAUCUUCCUCCCGAUCUUCAGAAACUUCGAUGCAAGGUUGCUUUUCACGCACUAAAGUUUGCAAAACCAGUGGAGGAAAUUGGGAACAAGAUUGCAGAGAGAAUGAGGAGAAAUGGACCCUACAUAGCUCUGCAUCUGAGGAUGGAAAAGGAUGUGUGGGUGAGAACAGGAUGCCUGCCAGGUCUCCAGCCACAGUAUGAUGAGAUUAUCUACAAUGAAAGGAUGCAGCGCCCACAGCUCUUAACUGCAAGAUCAAACAUGACUUAUCAUCAGAGGAAACUGGCCGGCCUCUGUCCCUUGAAUGCCAUGGAGGUUUCCAGGCUGCUGAAAGCUCUAGGAGCUUCAAAAAGCGCGAGAAUUUACUGGGCUGGAGGGCAACCGCUGGGUGGAAAAGAAGCAUUGCUUCCUAUAAUUAGAGAGUUUCCACACUUUUACAAUAAAGAAGAUCUCGCCUUGCCAGGAGAACUAGAGCCUUUCAGAAACAAGGCUUCUCUAAUGGCUGCCAUAGAUUACAUAGUCUCUGAUAAGAGUGAUGUUUUCAUGCCUUCUCAUGGAGGAAACAUGGGCCACGCACUUCAGGGCCACCGAGCUUAUGCAGGGCACAAGAAAUACAUAACCCCAAACAAAAGACAAAUGCUUCAUUACUUUAUGAAUUCUUCUCUCCCAGAAGCAGAGUUCAACAGAAUCAUCAAGGAAUUGCACAAAGACUCAUUAGGGCAGCCUGAACUCAGAACAAGCAAGGCUCAAAGGGAUGUCACCAAAUAUCCUGUCCCAGAGUGCAUGUGCAAUGAUUCACAUGCACCUUCCUUCAUAUAACUCAACGUCAUAGGCUCUGGGCUGAUUACUCGACAGAAAUAGUGGAUGCUCCUGACACGGGAGUUGGCUCUAGUUUUGGUUGGUCCUAUUAUUUUUGGAAAGCAACUUGGGAGAUUUGUUGGGAAACUCUCACCGCAGGUGCACUCACGUCAUUCCUUAAACAUACUAAAUUAUCAUUCCUUAAUUUUUUAUGCCAAAAGCUCGUAAAGGGUGCUAGAAGUCUCGCCACAAACAAUCUUGUGUUCAGUUUCAACUCUAGUAAUAAUUUGUACAGAUUAAAUGAAAGAAUUAAAAUGUGUAGUUUCAAAUCUGUAAA